AUGAACCCCAACAGCAUCCAGCGGCCGAGUAAUAGAAUCGAAAGCAGGAGAAUCAAGCCGCAGGCGCAGUCCGAAAAGCCUGAACAACAUCCAGAGGCACCACGCCAAGGACUCCCUGAAAGCCAGAACGCAGAUGGCACACGCCAGGCUCUCUCAGUAAAAGCAUCCAACAGCCGUAGGACGGUGAGUCCCAGGCCCGAGGACAAUCCCCGGUCCGCAGACGCUGUGGGAAGUCCGCGGCUAAGAACUCAGGCGGCGCGGGCGCCCCUGUUGUCCUUGCCGAACUUCUCGGUGAUCCUGCCGCCCGGGAAGGUGCCAGAUGAGUUCCAGUUCCUGGGCCAAGGGGCCUGCAUCAACCAGAAAGGUGAGCCUUUCUGGGGUGGCUCCAUGCAGUACAUCUCGCCGCCCCAAGCGGACGGCUCCAGCUUGGAGUGCACCAAACUCUGCCAGAUGCUGCCGUCCUGCACGGGCUACCAGGCCGAGGGCGCCAGUUGCUUCGUGAUAGCCGACGGCGUCUUCCGGCCGAGCGCGGCCCGAGGAGGCCGCAGCGACACCAGGUGCUUUUGGCGUCAUCCAGUGCUCCGGAAAACGCAGGGUGCCUAUGAGGGCCAGCAGCUGCCGAUCCCGCAGAUCAUCUGGAGCUUCUGGCAAGCCUUGCCCGACGCCCCCUUAGCGCUCACCGAGUUUGUGGAGGCCUGCCUUGCAUCGUGGAGGGCGCUGAACCGCCACCACCAGAUUCGGCUCCUCAACAGCGAUUCGGUGAGCGAGUAUCUCACCGAGCACGAGCUGCCGAGGACCUUCCGGUUUCUGAGUAUCCAGCACCGGUCCGAUGCGAUUCGUCUAGCGGUUCUCAAGAAGUAUGGCGGCAUCUGGGUUGAUGCGACCACCUUCAUGACAAAUCCGUUGCAAGAGCUGCUGGGUGACAACCCGAACGUGCGCACCUUCUUCGCGCUGCCAUAUCCUUGGACGGAUCAGUCGCUGAAGGAUAACGACACUCGCGUGAGUUGGAUCGAUCACCCUCAGAACUGGUUCCUGGCAGCUCCUUCUGGCGACCUUUUCAUCCAUCGGCUGCAGCAGUGUGUGUGGCAGUUCAUGGACGGGGUGAACCGCAAGGAUUUCAGCCUCUCCGGGUUGUUCAGCCCGCAGCAGCUUGAGAUCAUGCCAAGACUGGGGAUCCGGGCUUACCUGUCCACAGAUGCCUGCAUGUUCAGGACCAUCUUCGAGGACUUGACCUUGUGGACUUGGUGGCACAGCCCACGUGUGCAGAUCCGAAAUCCUUGUGGACACCUUGGCUUCACCUGGAUGGCGAAUAUGACCGACACGCGGGUGAAGCUGUUCGAAAGCGUGGACCCCGCUUUCAUGGUUCAACUGCGCGAUGACCCUGGCCUCUUCAUGAAGUUCACGAGCGACAUGCGGAGCAGGAUGAUCUUGCCACUGGACCCGGCGGCUAUCUGGUGCAAAGAGAACAGCUUCCGGAAGAUCUUGGAUUCCAUGAAUGUGGACUCAGCGGAGAGAUGUAGAAGACUGACCAACUGA